AUGUCAAUAUUAUCAAUUGUAUUAAUAUAUGUGGUUGGUUUAUCACAGACAAUAAGUGCAUGGAUAUCGCAAUACAAACACCCCGGAGUGCCCGUAAAAUACACACAUAACCAGAGCCAUCAGGCGUUUUUGACCCCUUUUAAGUUUUUUAGCGCACAAGAAGGCGCGAAGAAGAAAGAGGCGGUUUUGUGUGAAUAUGACCAGUCGCAGAUUUCAAAAACAGUAAAUUUGCCAAAAAACAUAUGGCCUUCCAUCCGGGAAGUUAACGAAGCAGGAAUUGAGAGACAAAAACGAGUUCAAAAGUACUGGGAAGGCGAGAAUGUGUACCAUAAAAUCUGCGAAUUUAAGUUUUACAAGCACGUAAUGAGGAAUAAAAAGUUCAAGGACAUAAUUAGGCACUUUAAAAUCAUAUACGACGGACCGCCGUACGCAAACGGAAGACCACACUUCGGGCACUUUUUAAAUAAGACAAUAAAGGACGUUUUCGUGAAAUUCUUUCUGCUGCAAGGAAGAAUACCGCUGAUGAUCCCAGGCUGGGACUGCCACGGAAUGCCAAUAGAACACAAAAUACUUAAAAUGUACAAUAGCGAAGAUAAGUUAAACGAGUGUAACAAAAGGAUGAUGGAAGAGUACGACGUCAAGGAGCAGGAGGAGCAAGAGGAGAUCGUGGAGAACCCAGAGCCAGUAAAAAGUCAAAUAAGGACGUAUAUAGACGACCAAUAUCUUGAAUCGGAAGAGGACCGCAAAAAGCGCCUGGAUUAUAUAAAGGAAGAGAAGGAGUGGGAAGAGAAGGAAAUAUAUAGAAAUUGCACGGAGGAGCAAAUAAAUAUGAAGAAGUGGAGUGAGUUCGUGAGAAACAAGUGCAAGGAGUUCGCAUACAGAAGCCUGAAGACGCAGAUGAACUACUUUAAAAAGGGAGGGAUAUGGGCGUUUUGGGACUUCUAUUACGCAACGUACCACUCGGCGUUCGAAAGAGAAGUGUUGGAAGCGUUCAUGAACCUGAAGGAAAACAAACACAUAUACCAGGCGAGGUUGCCACAGAUGUUCAGCAGUAAGAGUAAGUCGGUGCUGUCGGAUUCGGAAAUACUCCACAGAAAGGAAAAGGUGUUGACAACGUACGUGGCGUUCAAGGUGGACCUGGAGUCGUCGACGAGCAUGCAGUUGAACCACCUGAAGAGGAAGAUGAAGGACCUGGGAGUGAAGGACCUGAAGUUGGUGGCAUACACAACAUCAGGGUACACAAUACCAGGGAACAAGGGACUGGCAGUAAAUAAGAAAGGAAGGUAUCACCUGUACCAAAAGGGAGACUGCCUGUACAUAAUGAACGACUUCAUACUGAACAACGCAGACGAUGAGUUUUGGGCGGCAUUUAAGCACGUGGAAAGUGCGGAAACACAAGGAAAAGAAGUUGGAAGCACAAGUGAUGUGCUUAGUAGCGGAGGCAAAAACGGAAGUGACAAGAAUGGGAAUUACUUCCUGGAAGGAUACGUGCUGGAGGGCCUGGAGUACUAUGACCCGAUCUACGGAAACAAAUACAAGGUCUACGCAGAAGAUUUCGUGGACGUGAACAAGGGCACAGGAAUAGUGCACCUGAGUCCAGCACACGGAUUCGAAGACUUUGAGUGCAUUAAGAAGGACACGAGGCUUAAAGAGGCACAGAAUAAUGGGCCUCUGGAGUACUGUAACCUGUUUGACGAGGACGAAGUGUACUACCCGCACAUACACUAUCACCUGCAGGGAGUAAACAUAAGGGACGUGGAUGAGAAAGUGCUGUACAGCCUUAUAGGAGAUGACCUGGUGCGCUGCGAGUACAGAGAAAAGGAGGUGGACAUAGACUGGAGGUGCGAAAACCAAGUUCACACGAGGCUGACGAACCAGUACUGCAUAGCACUGCCGCCGAAGCAGGAGAUCAUGGACCUCAUAAAGUCAAUCAACAUCACGCCGAACUCAGGAGAGCGAUACCUGAAGAACAUUAUUAACGCGAGAACGAGAGACUGGUGUAUAUCGAGGCAGAGGUUCUGGGGAACGCCAAUACCGUACGAAGGAAACGAGUGUAUGCUUAAAACGACGAAAGCCUCCUACGGAGACGCAGACAGGCUGUGGAAAAGGUCUACCAGAGCGUUGGACAUAGUGGACAUAUGGUUCGAAGCUGCGCUGGUGAGGCAGCACACGCUGCACAUGGCGGACGCAAUAAUGAAUAAGAUGAUGUACAACAGAGGAGCCAGAGAAGUGAAGGACUUCGCGUCGAUGCUGGAGGCGGCGGACAAGUACGUGAUCGAAGGGCAGGACCAGCACAGAGGAUGGUUCCAGGCGCUGCUGAUAGUGGGAAUGCUCUUGGACAAGGCAAAGGUGCCCUUCGACAACCUGUUCUCGCACCUGUUCGUGACAGUAAAUGGGCAGAAGCUGAGUAAGUCAAAGAUGAAUACGAAUCUGACGACGGCAGAAAAAGGGACGAGGCAGCUGAUAAGAGUAAACGUAGACAUACAUAACAAGAACGUAAUGGAAACGAAGAACUUUAAGGAGAAUAGGAAGGUGGACGAGGAGCUGAAAACGAUAGAGAACAGAAUAACGCCAGGACACGACGUGUGUAAUCUGCUAAACCCAGAGCACCCAAGGCUCAUGGACGAUAACAGCGGAGAUAGCUUGAGUAACAUGUACUUCAAUGUAGAUGUGCUGAGAACACUGGCGUGCAACAACGACUUCCUGACGCACGACCUGGACCUGACGAAGGACACACUGAGAUCGUCAAAGCAGACUCACAAGAAAAUAGUAAACUGUUUUAAGUAUAUAACGAGCAUAUUGGCACAAAAUAAGGACAGGUACAAGGAAAAGGUGGAGCCAGGAACGCCGAGGGAAAUAGGAGGAUACAACAAGGGGGGAGGAGACGCAAGGGUCGGAAUAACGAUAACGAACCCUCUGGUGGUACACAACGCAACAAUAAUACGGGAGAAGAGGAGCAAGGCACAUGAAAGUUACAAGUUGAACGCGUUGGACACGUACUUCCUAAACCUGGCGUACUCGCUGGCGGAGCAGAGCAGUGAGGCCUACAGGAGCGGGCAGUUCUUCAAGGUGCUGGGAAUGGCGGAAAGGUUCAUGACGAACCUGUCAAACCUGUACUUCUCGUACAUCAAAAACUUCAUAUACAUCCUGCCGCUGAGACACGAGAAGAACAGGGCGAUAAAGUACGUGCUCAACAAGGUGCUCUACACGCUGAUGAAGGUGCUCGCGCCGAUCAUGCCGCACACCUGCGAGGACCUGUUCAUGACGCUGAACCCGGACAAGGUCUCGCUCUUCGAAGAAAGGUGGCCGAGGAGGCCAAAGACGCUGCCGAACGUGACUGAGGAGAUGGGAACGGCGCUAACGAUAAGGAAGAUGAUAAACAGGGACCACGCGAACACGGGCAGCAGAAUCCUGAGGCUGGAGGAAAGCAGCAUGACGAGCGUGCUUCCGAAGCUGGAGAGCCUGGGCGUGGACUUGAGGCUGAUGUUCAACGUCGCGGGAGUGGAGCUCUGCAGGAAUCUGGACGACGCGGCGGAGUCGCCGGACCUCAAGUACCGACUCGAGGAGUCGGGCUACCGGAAGUGCAAAAGGUGCUGGCUUUACAGGGAGGACGUGGAGGAGGGUCUUCUGUGCGACCAUUGCCGACGGACCAUGGAGGCGGCGGCCGGAGGAGCGCAGAGCCACUAA